AAUCCAUCUACAAGUUAACCCAAGAAUAUCAAUCAGUCACUUCACUGGCUGAGGGAAUUUAGUUCUAAAAUGGCUUCUCAUAAUGCAUUUACAAUUGCUCUUCUUCUCUCCCUUAACUUUGUAUUUUUCACUGCAGUGAGUUCAAAUCAUCAUGUACCUAAUUGUCCACCAACACCACCAAAAUCCCCAAAACACCCUCCCCCCUCAACCCCAACCCCAAAACCCAGCCCUCCUAAAGCCUCUUGCCCUAAAGAUACCCUUAAGCUAGGGGUAUGUGGCAAUUUGUUGAAUGACUUGGUGCACCUUGUUGUGGGGACCCCAUCAAAGACCCCUUGUUGUAGCCUCAUUGCUGGUCUUUCUGAUGUUGAUGCCACUGUGUGUCUUUGCACUGCCAUUAAGGCCAACGUUUUGGGCAUCAAUCUUAAUGUGCCAGUCUCCUUAAGCUUGCUUUUGAAUUACUGCGGUAAAUCUGUCCCAACAGACUUCCAAUGCGCCUAGUGGUGCCAUGACCUUCUCACCUACUGCUGCCCUUUCAACAGCUUUGUUUCAAUAAAAGACAGGCCAUUAAUGUUUGGCUGUAAUACAUUAGGCAUGUUUCCUUCGAAAUGUAACUAAUAUGGACAAUGUUCUCUUCAAGCAAUGCUCAUAUAUUUCCCUUUGAAUUGAAAACUUUGCUA